UCCUCCACUAAAUAGUUCAGUUUCAAUGAACCCCAGACGGAAAUUACUGUGCUUUCCUCUUCUUCCUUAAGCUAAUUCUCGUCCCAGUUUCUCUUUUUCACCUCUAAUAUGAAAGGAGGCAGAAGCAAUUUGGAGGCACCGAAAGAUUCUGCAACUUUUGCUGCUGCUGCUGCUACUGGUAUCGUUGUUGCUGCUAGCAAUGGAGGUGAUGACCUGCUAACUCCUCCUGUUGGAAACGAUCAGACUCAGUUUCAGAUGGUGGAAGGAGACGAAGCUCAAGGGCAAGUUUCAGAAGAAGCUGAGGCUGAAGAGGAAGAUGAAGAAGUUGCGGAUAAAGUGCCCCAGGAGGGUGUUCGUCCAAAGCUUGAUGAGGGGUACUUUGAAAUCGAAGCAAUACGUCGCAAGAGGGUUCGUAAGGGUCAGCUCGAGUACCUUAUAAAAUGGCGCGAUUGGCCUGAAACAGCCAACACUUGGGAGCCCCCAGAAAACUUACAGUCGGUCCCUGAUGUUGUUGAAGCUUUUGAAGCCAGUUUGAGAUCUGGAAAGCAUCGAAAGAGGAAGCGCAAGCAUGCAGUUCAUCACACUUUACCCAAGAAGAGGCAGCAUCGUUCAACCACUUCUUAUAGCCUUAGACAGUUUUCAGCAAAGAGUGUAGCUGACAACCAUUGCCAAUCUGCUCCCGCCAAUGAUCUUAGUGUUGCUGAUCUUCCUGCUCAUCCUCAACCUGUGAUUUUUGCUGAUGAAGUGGAAGAAAAUGGUAAUGGUGGCGGUCUUGGAAAAGCUGAACCAGCUAAUGAAAAUCGGGGUGUGAAUGUUCCAAAACUUAAUUUUGAAAGGGAAAAUGAUUAUGAUCCUAAACUUACAGAGCUUAGAGCUACAACAUCAUUCAUGACAACCAAUGGGGUCAAUUCAAAUAAGCUUGCAAUACAUAUCCAAGAAGCCAAUGCUGAAAUGAAUGGUCAAUCUAAGGUGGAUAGUAUGGGACUGAAUCAAAGCGGUCGCUGCAGAGGAGCCAAGAGGAGAAAAUCUGGUUCUGUGAAGAGGUUCAAGAAAGACUCUUAUGUGUGUGAACCUGAUGAUGCUCAAAAUCAGGCUAUCAUAGUUGGACAAGCAUGGCCAGAAAUUGCUGAUUUUGGGGGAAAUAAUAGUCACCAGAUGGGUGAUGCUAAAACAUCCUAUAAUAUCGUCAAGAUUAUAAAGCCACUGAGCUAUUCAGCUUCUGUAUCCAGCGACAUACCAGAUAUUAUAGUGAACUUUUUGGCCAUGAGGUCUGAUGGAACAGAAGUUGAGGUGGAUAACAAGUAUCUUAAGGCUAACAAUCCACUUCUGCUGAUCAACUUCUAUGAGCAACGUCUCCGGUUCAAUCCGACCUUUUGAUCGGACAGGUUUAAUGAAGGCUUUGCCUUUUGAAGUUAAAUCUUGCUGUGUGAAGUUAGUAAUCUACAGUGUUUACUUUUGUAGUUAGAUCUUCACGAGUUCAUUGUUAGUAGUAGUGUUUAAAGUUUGUAGAUCUAACAUGAUAGUGCUGUACAAGUGACCCAAACUUGUGUCGUAUCGGAUUGACUUUUGGCUUAAAAGUAUUUUGGGAAUUUCGUUCAUGUCUAUUUUGUUCUCAAUGGACCCGGUAAUUUAUCAAGAGAGACAAAAAUUAAGAAAUUGGUUA